AUGGCGAUGGCUCCCUUGACACCGGAGCCAGGCCGGGACGCGGCAUGGGAAUCUCUGCCGGGGCCCGGCUGCGGGGAAGGCGCCAUGGUGGAGCAGCCGCACGAGAAUCUCAAAACAUACAAGGUCAAACGCUUCCCCGCAAACGCUGCCAUGAAUAUUAACGCGGGCAUCCCGCGCGCUGCGCUCGCCGCCGCGCGCUCCCGGCCACCCCGCGCCAAAGGGACACGCGGCCGGCACGGGCACCGACGGUGCUGCGGGGCCUGCGGCCGGGUGGGGGCCUUGAAGGUCUCGCUGGCCGAGGAUGACGACAGGCUCAUCAUCCGCAACGGGAACAACGUGGAGGCGCCACCGGUGUACGACUCGUACGAGGUGGAGUACCUGCCCAUUGAGGGGCUGCUCAGCACCGGGCGCCACUUCUUCGUGGAGCUCACCACCGACAGCAGCGGGGCCUCGGCCGGCAUGGCGCUGCGCUACGAGGCCUUCGAGCGCGGCCACUGCUACGAGCCCUUCGUCAAGUACGGCAACUUCACGGCCAGCGACAGCCGCUACCCUGUGGGCACCACGGUGGAGUUCAGCUGCGACCCCGGCUACACGCUGGAGCAGGGCUCCACCAUCAUCGAGUGCGUUGAUCCCGGCGACCCGCAGUGGAACGAGACGGAGCCGGCGUGCCGCGCCGUGUGCAGCGGGGAGCUCACGGACGCGGCCGGCGUGGUGCUGUCGCCCAACUGGCCGGAGGCGUACGGCAAGGGCCAGGACUGCAUCUGGGGGCUGCACGUGGAGGAGGACAAGCGCGUCAUGCUGGACGUCCGCUUCCAGUCAGACCCUGGCGCCGGUGUGUUCGGCUACCAACAGGGCUUCGUCAUCCACUUCUCCGAGGUGCCCCGCAACGACACGUGCCCCGAGCUGCCCGAGAUCCCCAACGGCUGGAAAACCACCUCGCACCCCGAGCUGGUGCACGGCACCGUCGUCACCUACCACUGCUACCCCGGCUUCGAGCUCUCCGGCACCGACGUCCUCAUGUGCCACUGGGACCUGACGUGGAGCGGCGACUUGCCAGCGUGCGAGCGGGUGAUGUCCUGCCGCGACCCCGGCGACGCGGAGCACGGCCGCAGGGUGGUCUCGAGCGCCAAGUUCCCGGUGGGGGCCCCG